GGAGCUCAUGUUUUGAACGUUUAGCGGUGAGGUUAUGUUGUUGGUCAAAUAGAUUUAUUUAAAUUAUUAAUUCAGGAUAAAUGUGCUAUUUGAUUGAUAAUUAAUGUGUAAUUCAGUAUCACAUUUGGGAAAAAACACAAGUUUGUACAAUUUAUUUAUGUAAUUAAACACUAUUGGAGUCUUGACGAAUCAUAUUGGAUGUUGUUUACUAAAUUAGAGAUCUUCUAAUUUUGUGGCAAAAUGACAGAGGAUUCUUUACAAAUAGCUCCAGAAGAAGCAGAAGCCGUCGGUACUCCGACCGGCUAUCGUCAGUAUACUCUUUUUGAUAUAAGUACCGAUCCUGGUCUAAAGGAUGACGAUGGUAACGAACUACCAAGACCAUUCAAUAAAAACCAAAUGCGCAAGUGGCUGAAAAAAGUUAGAUGGGAAACCCAUAAAGCUGAAAAACGAGCUAAGGAAAAAGCGCGGGCAAAAGAAAGGCGCAAGGAAGCUCGAGAAGCCAACAUAGAUUUAGGCCCGAAUAGAAAAUCCUUAAAGAAAAUGAAAUUUGAAAAGUCUAAGAAAAAUAUUGGAAUAAUUAUAGACCUAAGUUUUGAUCAUCUAAUGAUGGAAAAGGACAGGUAUAAAGUCAUCAAACAGAUUCUGAGAUGUUAUUCAAUAAAUAGAAGAUCCAACACACCUCUUCAAUUUCAUGUAACUAGUUUUGGGGAGAAAUCUAAAAAUGAUAUUUCCAGACAUAAUGGAUAUGAGAAUUGGGAUGUUGAAUUUCAUGAAGAAUCUUAUUUGGAUGUUUUCCCAAAAGAAAAAUUAGUUUACUUAUCUAGCGAGUCUGAGAAUGUCAUUGAAAAUUUUGAAGAUGACACUUUUUAUAUAAUUGGUGGAUUGGUAGAUCACAAUAAACACAAAGGUUUGUGUCAUACAAUAGCCACAGAGCAGGGCAUUAGACAUGGGCAGCUUCCUUUAGAUAAAUAUGUUAAUAUGCAAACAAGAAAGGUUUUAACAAUUGACCAUGUUUUUGAGAUAGUGCUGAAAGUUUGUGAGGGUGUGUCUUGGCAAGAUGCUCUGAUCAAAGUGCUACCAGUUAGGAAAGGAGUGCAUGUUUGUGACAACAUUAGUAAUUCUAGUUUAGAUGACAAUGACAAAACAUAAUUUUACUCUUAAUGUUAGUUUUUGUAUUAUUAUAACAAAAAAUAUGUAUGUUCCUUUAGACGAACAGCAUUAUAUGCUAGUCUCAUAACAACACAGCCCAUAGGGUUAAUGUAAAAGUGUAAUAAUAAA